UUCAACAAGUGCAUCUGUCCAGAGAAGGAGCGGAGUGAGCGAGCAAUCUAUUUAAAGAAAGAAAAAGGCUCACCCGUUCAAAUGUAUAUUUUGUACUUCUUAUAAGCUAACCCCCCUUUGAUUGUUGUCGUUAUUGUGUCUCCCCUCUUCCCCCCCACCUUUUCCUCCUCUCAAUCCUGUCCCUCCAUCUCCAGCGAAGAUGGGAAAAGGGACAGGACGAGAGUCCACACUCCCGGGGGCCACUCCUGAGAAUGGAGGAGGGAAGAAGAAGCAGAAGGAAAAAGAAUUGGAUGAGCUGAAAAAGGAAGUGAACCUGGAUGACCACAAGCUGUCCCUGGAUGAAAUCAGCCGGAAGUACCAAGUGGACCUCUCCAGGGGCCUGACCAACACUCGGGCAGCGGAGAUCCUAGCUCAGGAUGGCCCCAACGCAUUGACCCCUCCUCCAACCAUACCGGAAUGGGUUAAGUUCUGCCGGCAGCUUUUUGGAGGCUUUUCCAUCCUGCUGUGGAUCGGGGCCAUCCUCUGCUUCCUGGCCUACAGCAUCCAGGCGGCAAUGGAAGAUGAGCCAUCCAACGACAACCUUUACCUGGGUGUGGUGCUGGCAGCAGUUGUCAUAGUCACCGGCUGCUUUUCGUACUACCAGGAAGCAAAGAGCUCCAAAAUUAUGGACUCUUUCAAAAACAUGGUGCCUCAGCAAGCCCUGGUGAUCCGGGAAGGCGAGAAGAUCCAGAUCAAUGCUGAGAACGUGGUGGUUGGAGACCUUGUGGAAGUGAAGGGAGGGGACCGGGUUCCCGCAGACCUGCGGAUAAUUUCCUCCCAUGGCUGUAAGGUGGAUAACUCCUCCCUAACGGGCGAGUCGGAACCACAGACCCGUUCUCCGGAAUUCACACAUGAAAACCCACUAGAGACGCGCAACAUCUGCUUCUUUUCCACCAACUGUGUGGAAGGUACCGCCCGGGGCAUUGUCAUCUCGACGGGAGACCGCACAGUGAUGGGCCGCAUCGCCUCCCUGGCUUCUGGCUUGGAGGUGGGCCGCACCCCCAUUGCCAUGGAGAUCGAGCACUUCAUCCGCAUCAUCACCGGGGUGGCCGUCUUCCUGGGCCUGUCCUUCUUCAUCCUCUCCCUCAUCCUCGGCUACACCUGGUUAGAGGCCGUCAUCUUCCUCAUUGGCAUCAUUGUGGCCAACGUCCCAGAAGGGCUCCUGGCAACUGUCACGGUGUGCUUGACCCUCACCGCCAAGCGGAUGGCUCGCAAGAACUGCCUGGUGAAGAACCUGGAGGCUGUGGAGACUCUGGGCUCCACCUCAACCAUCUGCUCAGACAAGACGGGCACCCUGACCCAGAACCGCAUGACCGUCGCCCACAUGUGGUUCGACAACCAAAUCCACGAGGCAGACACCACAGAGGACCAAUCCGGAGCAACCUUUGACAAGCGCUCGCCCACGUGGACAGCCCUAGCCCGAAUUGCAGCCCUGUGCAACAGGGCCGUCUUCAGAGGCGGACAGGAUAAGGUCCCCAUCUCUAAGAGAGACACGGCCGGCGACGCAUCAGAGUCUGCACUUCUGAAAUGCAUCGAGCUGUCCUGCGGGUCUGUCAAGAAAAUGCGAGACAGGAACCCCAAAGUGUCAGAGAUUCCCUUCAACUCCACCAACAAAUACCAGCUCUCCAUCCACGAACUCGAAGACAAACCGAACGGCUACGUCCUGGUGAUGAAGGGGGCGCCCGAGAGGAUCCUGGACCGCUGCGCCACCAUCCUCUUGCAAGGCCAGGAGGUGCCCCUUGACGAAGAGCUGCGAGAUGCCUUUCAGAAUGCCUACCUUGAGCUGGGGGGGCUGGGCGAGAGAGUGCUGGGCUUCUGCCAGUACAACCUCCCCGAAGACCAAUUCCCCCGAGGUUUCAAGUUCGACGCGGAUGAGGUCAACUUCCCCAUCACCAACCUCUGCUUCGUGGGCCUCAUGUCCAUGAUCGACCCGCCUCGAGCAGCCGUGCCAGACGCCGUGGGGAAAUGCCGGAGCGCUGGGAUUAAGGUGAUUAUGGUGACCGGCGACCACCCUAUCACUGCCAAGGCCAUUGCCAAAGGGGUGGGCAUCAUCUCCGAGGGGAACGAGACUGUGGAGGACAUCGCCGCACGGCUCAACAUCCCCGUCAACCAGGUCAAUCCCAGGGAAGCUAAGGCUUGUGUGGUCCAUGGCUCUGACCUCAAGGACAUGACCUCCGAACACCUGGACGAGAUCCUCAAGAACCACACCGAGAUUGUCUUCGCCCGCACAUCCCCACAGCAGAAGCUCAUCAUUGUGGAAGGUUGCCAGAGGCAGGGGGCCAUUGUAGCAGUGACGGGAGAUGGGGUUAAUGACUCUCCUGCCCUAAAGAAAGCUGACAUUGGCAUUGCCAUGGGCAUCGCUGGCUCCGACGUCUCUAAGCAGGCCGCGGACAUGAUCUUGCUCGAUGACAACUUCGCCUCCAUCGUGACGGGUGUGGAGGAAGGUCGCCUGAUCUUUGACAACCUAAAGAAGUCCAUCGCCUACACCCUGACCAGCAACAUCCCAGAGAUCACCCCUUUCCUCUUGUUCAUCAUCGCCAACAUCCCUCUGCCCCUGGGCACCGUCACCAUCUUGUGCAUUGACCUGGGCACCGACAUGGUCCCUGCCAUCUCCCUGGCCUACGAGGCUGCAGAGAGCGACAUUAUGAAGAGGCAGCCACGGAACCCCAAGACAGACAAAUUGGUGAAUCAGCGCCUCAUCAGCAUGGCCUACGGGCAGAUUGGUAUGAUCCAGGCUCUCGGCGGCUUUUUCACCUAUUUUGUGAUCCUGGCAGAAAACGGCUUCCUUCCCAACACUUUGUUGGGGAUCCGCUUGGACUGGGAUGACCGCUCCAAAAAUGACCUGGAGGACAGCUACGGCCAGGAGUGGACCUACGAGCAGCGGAAGGUGGUGGAGUUCACCUGCCACACAGCCUUCUUUGCCAGCAUUGUGGUGGUGCAAUGGGCUGACCUCAUCAUCUGCAAGACCAGGAGGAACUCCGUCUUCCAGCAGGGCAUGAAGAACAAGAUCCUGAUCUUUGGCCUUCUUGAAGAAACGGCCUUGGCUGCCUUCCUGUCGUACUGCCCUGGAAUGGGUGUGGCUUUGCGCAUGUACCCGCUCAAGGUCACCUGGUGGUUCUGCGCUUUCCCGUACAGCCUGCUCAUCUUCGUCUACGAUGAAGUUAGGAAGCUCCUUAUACGCCGCUACCCCGGUGGCUGGGUGGAGAAAGAGACCUAUUACUAAGCCAGCAAACCAAGCUGAACCUCCAUCUUGGAAGCCACCCCUUACAACUCGUAGUCAAAGAAAGAUGAUGUAGUCGGAAAGAUGCAAUAAAAUUAAUUUAACCUGUU